ACCCUUGCAGGAGGUCAUAUAGCUUAGCACAGGAUGUCUUUAUUGAUUGGUUCAAAUUGACUAUGACCAUGACUCUUCACUGUAACUUUAGCACUGACGCUAAUGCUAACACGCGUCCUCGCUGGUUCUAUUAAAGAUGGCUCGAGUAGACAAAGCGGCUUGCAGUGACAGUCCGAGGACUGCCCCUUAACUGAUUUGAUACUCUUCCUUUUAAGUGGCGCUAUAUCAAAGUGAGACCUGGUUUGACAAUUUUGGUGACCGUAAUUAAUUUAUCAAGCGCUACAUACUGUUGAAUGUCCAUGCACACACAGUAUGUUUGUUCCUAGUCAAUCUUGAACCGUGCCAAGAAUAUCCUCAGAAAUGUCUACAUCAAAUUAUGAACUACACAUCUUUUGAAAACAUAUUACUGGUAAUCGCCUGUCUGACAUUAAUAAAUACAUGAACAAUCCUUAAACGGAACGUGUCUUUUUAUGUUUGACACCACUCUUUUUUUUUUGAGAAAAACAUCUACUAGCAAACAAUGUCAUGUCCGAUUUAUUUGCGGCCGCGUGAUGUUUUACUUUUUCACGGUUUCGACAUUCCCCAAAGAUCAACAGGUGCGCGUUUCUGUGGAAAGGUGCAAAAGUGGCGGGAACACAGACAGUUCCCGGGGGGGAAACUCGCCCGUGAACACCGCCCCCACUGUUCCAUAAAAAUAUCGUUGUCAAGAUUCCCAGGUUGAUCGAUGCAAAUGACAAUGUGCUCUUAUUACCGGACCUGGAUAAAGUUUCAACUAAAACAAUAACUAUAUCAGUUCGCCCGUGACCCGAUAAAGACCCACAGGUACGUGUUUCUUUGGUGCAAACAGUUUCGAGACACUGUUAGCACUGUCCCAUUCGAUACACAGAUACGGCGUGGACGCUUGCAAGAUUCCCAACAUUAACACCGUUUCCUUUGCGUGAGCAAAUCCAUUUGAGUAGACAUGGCUUGCACGUGUACACGAAGAAUGAAUUCUUUGUUUUGCUCCCUUCCAGCCGGUUAUGACGGCCAGAAGAGUUAUCGGCACAAUAAGGAGCACUUUUGUAAAGGCAAGUUCCCAUUCGGGCCGGAUGAGUCAGCCCCUGAGCCGGCAUCCUCCACCUCAUCCCUUUCCUGACAGGAAAUUGGUCCCCCCGAUGAAUCCAAAUAAAGACAUGUCGGGAACACACCCAGACUUCUUACUACAAAGCAAACACGUCCGUAUGUCCUUGGGGGAGGUAAAGGGGGGCCCAAAAAAAAGAAGAACCGCAGUGCAGACUCGCUUUGAGUUGAAUGUGCACUCGAGACGAGGAUGCAGUGAAUCAUCAUCAACAUCAACAACAACAACAACAACAAAGUAACGGUCACCUCAUGUGCUUGCGUAUGCGUCUCACGAUCGGAUUGACGUGCGUUGCCCGGUUUACGACGAUGGCGUCCCGACACGCAGACUCCAAGAGGAUCCGAGGACAUGAGAAGACCAUCUGGUCGCAAAGCUGGUUGAAGACAGACUCUUCGGUGGUCAACCUGCGCGAUGGAUUCCCGGACACGCAGGUGCCGGCGGAGAUCACGGAGGCCCUGGUGAAGACCGUGUCCGAGAGCAUGAUGAACCAGUACACCAGAGGAUUCGGACACGCAAAGUUGGUGGAGGCCGUCUCUCGGGUUUACGGCAAAUUUUACGGGCGUCCCAUCGACCCACUCAAGGAAGUCCUGGUGACGGUGGGCGCCUACGGCUCCUUGUUCAGCACCAUGCAGGCUCUGGUGGAGGACGGCGACGAGGUCAUCAUCGUAGAACCUUUCUUCGACUGCUACGUGCCCAUGGUGCGCAUGGCGGGGGGCAAACCUGUGCUGAUACCGCUACGAUACAAACCCACCCAGAAGAUCGCCUCCAGCGCCGACUGGUUUCUGGACCCUGAGGAGCUUGCCAGUAAAUUCAACUCCAAGACCAAGGCCAUCCUCAUCAACACCCCCCACAACCCCAUCGGGAAGGUUUUCACCAGGGAGGAGCUGCAGAUGAUCGCCGACUUGUGCGUCAAACACGACACGUUGUGCUUCACCGACGAGGUCUACGAAGUUUUCGUCUAUGACGGACGCCGGCACCUUAAAAUCGCGACUUUGCCCGGAAUGUGGGAGCGAACCGUCACCAUCAGCAGCGCCGGGAAGACCUUCAGCAUCACCGGAUGGAGGCUCGGGUGGUCCAUCGGACCAGAGCACCUGAUCAAGCAUCUUCAGACUGUCACCAGUAACACGGUGCACGCCUGCCCCACCCCGUUGCAGGAGGCCCUGGCGCAAGCGUUACUGCGGUAUUCCGGGCUGAUGGGUCGUCCCGGGUGCUUCUUCGAGGCGCUGGCCCGGGAGCUGGAGGGGAAGAGGGACCGGCUGGCGGCCAUGCUACGCGAGGCCGGGUUCUCGCCUAUCAUCCCCGAGGGAAGUUUCUUCAUGAUAGCGGACGUGUCGGCGCUCGAUAAGGACCUUCACCAUGACGAUGACGAGGACGAAGCCUACGACUUCAAGUUUGCCAAGUGGAUGAGCCGGGAAAAGAAACUGGGGGGCCUUCCUGUGACUGCGUUUGUCGGAGAGGAAUCCAACAAAGCCUUUGACAAGUAUAUUCGAUUUUGCUUCUUCAAGCGUGAUGAGACACUGGAUGCGGCUGAACGCAUCCUGAAGAAGUGGAAGUCGGCGGGAAGCAGUGACUGAAGACGACUUUAAAUGCUAUUUAAAGCUCAUUUUGGAUGGAAAUCAAUAUUAAUAAGGCAAUAAAAAUAUUCCAAGCAGUUUUGUGUGAUGCCAUGCGCGACACAACACGACUGUAAACGUAUUGCAUCACAUUCAGCAAA